AAAUUGACACCUGCGCAGCUAAAAGCGCAGAAGAAGGCAGAAAAGGCUGCGCGCAGAGGCCAGGUUGUCGCAGCUAAGAGCUCAGCAGAGGCUGCGACCGUAUCUAACACGAACGAUAGCAGUAAGAGCUCCUCAAAGCAGAGAAAUCAAAAGCAGGAUGUCUCCGCGCCGCCGUCGACUCCCAACGCCAAAGGCCCUAAGAAGGCCGGCACCGCGCCCAUGCAGGCUCCGCAUCCUCCUAAACCCAAGGGGCCUGAGGUGCCGGAGACUUUCAGUUACCUAUCCAUGGCGAAGAAGUUGCCUCUAUCCAAGGCCGACAAAGAUGUGCACCCGGCUGUCCUGGCUAUCGGCCAGCAGAUGGCCAGUUUCACGCUGAAGGACAACCUGGCGCGGCUCGAGGCGAUGCUUGUGGCCUUUCAGAAGGUGAUCGCAUCAUAUGAAAGUCCAUCUGGUCACACAUUUACGCGUCACUUCCUGCCGCACUGUCUGAAUCCUCAGAUUGAGUACCUGACUGGAUGCCGACCCAUGUGUUUCUCGAUGGGUAAUGCGAUCCGCAUGCUCAAGGCCAGGAUCGCCAAGCUCGUAGAUAUCAACGCUUCAGAGGAGCAGUCCAAGAUAUCUCUGUGCCAGGCUAUAGAGCAGUUCAUCCAAGAGAGAGUGCUCUACGCAGAGGAUGCGAUUCCCUCCAAGGCUGUGUCGCUGAUCGAAGACGGCGAGACCAUACUCACCUAUGGCAACCCACGGCUCGUGCGGAUAACAUUGCAACGGGCCUGGACUGCGGGACGGAAGUUCGAGGUGAUUGUCUUCGACGACCCUUUUGACCGUUCAGGCCAAGAGCUCGCCAAGAUCCUCAGAAACGACGGCAUCCGAGUUCACUACUAUCCCAGUCUAUCUGGCAUCAGCAUACACGUCAGGCGCGCCUCCAAGGUCUUCCUGGGCGGCGAGGCCAUGUUUGCGAACGGAUCACUGUACGCGAUGGCGGGCACCUCUGACAUCGCCAUGGCAGCCAAGGAUGCCGACGUCCCCGUUGUGUCACUUCUCGAGACGGUCAACUGCGACAGAGAACGUGUUUCGGUCGAUUCCCUCACCUAUAAUGAAAUCGACCCCGACCAAUGCACCACUGACCAUUUCCGGCUGCUCUUCGACGUCACGAAAGACAAGUACCUUUCCAUGGUCGUGACAGAGAGUGAGGAGGCGAACGCCAGUGGCUCGACAUCUGCCAUCCUUGCGGUGCUUAAGAAGCUCGACGAGCGUACA